AUGGAAAACGAAAAACAACAAACACAGAACGAGUACGAAGUAACAACUCCCAAACGGCCGUACAAUUAUCUUCUUUUAGUGUUGUGUGAAGUGGCAUUACGAGAUUACAAGCCAGAAGAAGAAUCCAAUAGUUCCAAAAAUGCUGAAGCUACUAAUGAUCAUCAGUCAAAUGAAUUGACCAAUAAUCAGUCAUCAGAAACAGGUUUUUCUGAUGAAGAAGAGACCGACAACGAUGACUCGUCUAAUGAUGAAUCUGUUUCGGAAUCAGAUUUUACUGAUGAAAGUGACUCCGAUUGGCAACCAAUCAAGGAAGUUACCCCUAAAAGGAGAAGAUUACUCAUAGAACCUCAAGUAUAUAGUAGUGAUGAAGAAGUUGCGCCAAUUAUUAAAAGAAAGAAAAUUACACCAAUCUCCCCCGACUGUGUGGUAAUUGGGUCAGGCGGCAACAAAGUUCCCAGGGAUGCAUAUGAGAGGAUUAAUUGGAAAAAUUACAGGAAAGCAACCAGGAUUUUAAUGAAUUUGCUUUUCACUAAAAAAACGAUGGCCACCUCUUCGUUAACGGGGAAAAAGAGUCCGGCUUAUCUUCACAAAAAAUGUAAGCCGCCACUGAACCCAAUAAUUGUGGGGGAUAUUGUGGAAUGUAUAGAGAAAAAUUGUGGGGUAGAUCGUCAACGUAUCCGCAACGUGUUUACCAUCAAAUGUGCGGAUGAAAAUAAAAUAUUAAGAAGGCUACAAAAUGUUAAGGGCGAAUAA